UUAUCUUGUCUUUUAACUAUUCACUAGUGAAGUUUUCCAAUAAAAACUAUUAUUAAUAACCGAAAACUAAGUCCGAUUGUGAGCCGCAUGACAUCCAAGUGUCAACAAAAGUGAGGUUAUCUCACAAAACACCGUCACAAUUGUUAUGAAGAAAACUUAAUUUUUACGUAAUUUCCGACAUGUCGUUGUGGAACCGUUUAUCCCACUGGUUGUUGACCGAGACGGGCAAAAAAGCGUGUUAUUACGCGGCCGGUGCAACCACUUCUGUGAUUCUCCUGGCCCACACUUUGCCCCAAACCAUUUUCCUGAGCCAAUACGAGGACCUUUUCCACCUCUACAAGCACGGCUUUUCGGUGCCGUUGACGGAAAAGGUCCAGAAACGCUUUGAAAAGGCCCUGGAUUUGCUUGAAGUGGAGCACCGGGACCGGCAUUUGUACAAGCCUUUCGCGGCCUAUGGCUUCGAUAUUUUCAGCGCUGGCACGUCUUACAGCAAGUUUGGGGUCAGAGUGGGCAUCCCGACACAUUUUUUCUACGACGACGAGUCGUCAGUUGACAAGAGUUCCAUUAAAAUCAGGGAUGAGUCGGUUAUUUGGGAGUCCGAUGAGGGGAAGUUGCUGUUAAAAUCGCUGGUUUUGUCGGAAAAUGCCCAAAUUUACGCCAUGGCGAGGGAAAUCAAAAUGAGAGACACGCUGAAGGGGAUGCUGGACACGGUUGUGGCCGUGGUUUCGUGGUCUGGCAUGUACGGAAUUUCCAACACUUUGAACAUUAAGUUCGAUUUGUAUUCAAAACCUAGACCUGUAAGGAUUAUUAUGUAUUGCCUGGUUGGGGCUUUCUCGUUCGGGAGUUACGUCUUCUGCAAAGACUUUAGCCAAGUUUAUUACGAAACGCAAAUUGAUAAGGAACUGAAGGAAAAAAAUCCGGUUUUUGCUGAAGGUGGCAAGGAGUUUUACAACAAGAUUGUGGCCAGAAACAUCGCCUUGCGGAAAAUGCUAGGGAAAGAGGGAGAGCGGGCUUAUACCGCCCUAGGGAACGACAAUUAUCUAUUUAGGUAUAGGCACGUACCCGUAGUUCAGAGAAAGUUGUUUUUCGAGGGCGAAAAAGCCUAAUAACUUGUAAUUUAUUUUGUACAUAUGUUUGAAUAAACCGCUCGAUUUUA